AUGCUGCCUCGCAUCCUCUGUGAGAAGCUGUGUUCGCUGCAGCCUCAAGUGGAUCGACUGGCGUUCUCGGUGGUGUGGCAGAUGAAUAUUGACGGUACACUGGUCGACGGUGUCGAGCCAUGGUUCGGGAAGUCGAUUAUCCGCUCGUGUUGUAAACUUGACUAUGGUUCUGCGCAGAAGAUGCUGGACGGAGUCAUCAGUAGCGACAAUGUGGAGGAAUGGGAAGUCGAUCGUCGACCGAUUCCUGGUGCCAACAGCAAUAUCAGCAAUGCGACGGUGAUUCAGAGUGUCAAGGACUUGUGGAGUAUCGGUGAGAACCGUCGAGCGAUGCGCUUCGAGACGGGUGCAGUGAGUUUAAAUGACGUUAAACUGACGUUCUCACUGGAUGCCAAGGGCAACCCGAUUCGAUACGGACCAUAUGAGCUGAAAGACAGUAAUCGUCUCGUGGAGGAGUACAUGCUCUUAGCGAACUACCUAGUUGCUCAGCAAUUGCUUCGUGCUCAUGGACCUCUUGCCUUUUUACGUCACCACCCUCCUCCAGUGUCUCGAGCAAUGGAUCAGGCGCUGGAGUUACUAGACAAGAGCGACAUCAAGGUGGACGGGAGAUCUACUAAGCAAUUGACCGAGUCUUUGGAGCGUGUUCGACACGAUCAUGGUGACACGACGUUUGUCAUCGCACAAGCGUUGAUCAUCAAACCUAUGAAGCCUGCCGAGUACAUGGUGGCCGGUAAUGGCGCGUCGUCGGAUUCGUGGCGUCAUUACGCUUUGAAUAUCCCAUACUACACGCACUUCACGUCGCCCAUUCGUCGAUAUGCCGACGUUGUCGUGCAUCGCCUGCUUCAGGAGAGUGUGGUGGAGUCUUCGUCGUUAGAUACUGAGAACCCCGAGUCCAGAAUGGUGGAGUUCACUUCAGUUGCGCAAAAUUGCAACGAGAAGAAAACGACGUCCAAGAAUGCGGAGAAGGAGUGCGAUAAGGUGUUUUUGUGUGCAUAUGUGCAGCAUCAUGGCGACAUUGAAGUGACUGGCGUCGUGUUGAGUAUGGGGCAGAAGAGCUUCACUGUGUAUAUCCUGGAACUUGGCUUAGAGCAGCGGCUGUUCCUGCAGGAAAACAAUUUAAAGGGGUCAUGGAACGAGAAAACCUCGCAGCUAUCAAUCAGACUGCCAGUGCCGCAGAAGAAAAAGGAAGACGAGGAGAAAAAAACUCAAACUGACGAGCAGGAAACUCCGCUUCAAACAAGCAAAAUUUCUUCGUCGGAGAUGAUCAAGCUGUCGUUCAUGAAGCAGCUUCGUAUGCACAUGUCGACGACGAAAAAGAUGCCACUGGCGUUGACUUUCACCGUCGUCGGAGAGAGGAUUUGAUAAAGAUGUUCGUGAUUUAUUUCAUUAGGU